AUGACAGUCUGCCAACAGCUGACUAACGUCUCCCUGGUAAUGUCACCUGAUCAUGGAGUUUCUUUGGAGAUUGACACUUUACAAAUUAGCAGCCUGUUCAAGCUGAAAGAGCACCAGAGAGCCAUCUCAAUGGAAGGCAUAGGAGAGCUUAGCAGCAGUAUCACUCUGGGAUUUGUGGCACGGGAGAAGAGUAGCAAAGGAAAUGUGCCGACCAAAGGCCAGAGCCCCAGAAGAAAACAAGUGCAGACUCAGAGCAAAGCUGCUGUCUGGAGUGUGAAACCUAUCCUGCUGGCAGGGUCUGUGUGGUUGGCAAUGAGCCCCGUCCUGUCAGCAUUCAUGAGUGAGUUCCCCGGCUGGCUCCUGUUCUCUGGGGUCUUCCUGCCUGUGACUUUGCUGCUGCUCCUCCUCAUUGCUUACUUCAGGAUCAAGCUGAUUGAAGUUGAUGAAGAACUGUCCCAGGUUCCUAAUCACCAACACAACCGCAAGAAUGGCUCUUCCCUGCAUCAGAAGUUGAAACGAAGGUGACUGUUGGAGACUCACCCAUGGCUAAAA